AUGGAGUAGAAGGACGCGCUUCCAUACCGCUGAGUUCUUGGACGUUUUGUUUUGCCUUUGUGGUGUUGUUAGGCCGCUGACACGUGCGGCUGUUUUGCCCCUGGCGCAUGCCGACUUGUUGACGCAGAGGUCAACGUAUAGUCUGCCUAUCUUUAUGUUUACACUGCGUUGUUGUGAAGCAGUGUGAAGCAACACUGCUCGGAGCUAUGUCAGAAAUAGCAACGCCGCAAGGAACCUGCCUGAAAGAUUGUAAACAACCGGUCGUCUUUAGGCAUGCGCUGUCUUCGUGGGAGUGCUCGUCUUGGACACUGACAGACUGGGCUACUAAAACUCAGAAUGUGUCUUUGAUAUUCAGAGUUGGAAUUAAAUCUGCUACAGGAGCCCCUCAAUGGGAAACAGAAGGUACUCGGGCAUCGGCCACAAUAGGACAAUUCUCGCAGUGGAUUUCCGGUCACGCUGACAAACGAAGUGAGCUGGCCACUGUCGACGGGUCAAGCCAAUUUGCAUAUUCAAGCUACAAUUACAUGCACAAUGUGUUCAGAGAUUUCCCCAGUGUGCUUGAGUCCGUGGACUGGACUUCAUUUGGUUUCCCUGGCCGAAAAGGUGCUGACAGCACUUUGUGGCUUGGAAGUGAGGGUUCAGACACACCCUGUCAUCAAGACACCUAUGGCUACAAUUUGGUCGCUCAGUUAAUUGGCAAGAAAUCAUGGACAAUGUUUCCACCAAAGGAUGGCAGCUAUCUGUAUCCAACCAGAAUACCAUUCGAGGAGUCCAGCAUAUUCAGCAUGGUCAACUUCAGAAAAGUUGACUUCAUGACGUUUCCUGAACUGCAAUCAGCAAGACCUUACCAUGUGGUGCUAGAACCUGGAGAUGUCCUGCUUGUUCCACACCAUUGGUGGCAUUAUGUUUCUUGUCUCACGACGGCACUCAGCAUCAACACAUGGAUUCCUAUGGACACAGACAAGGACUUCCAGCUCCUUGAAGCAGUCACACGGACUCUUGCCACUGGACUAAUACCGUGCUAUGAAGAUGAGGCUGAGCAGUGGGUGAACAUAAAUGAGGAACUAACAUCACCUGAACAAAACUUGGCCUACCUGGAGAGACUUCUACAGUCUCAUUGUCCGGAGGAUGUCGCACCAUGCUGUGCAUUACCCGUAACAGAACUUCCAUUCACAUAUGUCUCACAUUUCAACUGGGAAGAGUACGCAAGUAAAACUGGCUCCACACUGGUACACAAGUGCCACUCGGACAAAAGACAAGCUGCUGGCAGAGAUAGAAUUUCAUCGAGACGUAUAAUCAGCUGUUUUCUUGAUCCAUCUGUGGCAGAAGUUAUUUCAAAAAGGCUCAAAGAACUUGUUAAAUAAAAUUAUCUCUGCCUAUAAAUAAACCGAGAUGACCAAAUCAAAUUGAACAAUUCUUUACACUCCAUUGAUGCAUGGUCUGCAAGGUGGGGCUUAAGAAUAAACACUUCUAAAACAGCUUCCAUUACAUUUAGCAACAAAAAGAAGCCCCUUGACUUUACUUACUCUUUAGGUAACGUUACCAUCACGAGAACUCACAAAGGUAAAUAUUUAGGCAUCACACUUACGAGUAACUUCAAUUGGGAACCGCAUGUUGAAAAUUUCUGUCGGGGUGCACUGCAGAAAUUGACGUUUUUGAAAAGAAAACUGCGUAAUACCCCUCCUGCAGUAAAACUACAUGCAUACAAUGCGCUAGUACGACCAAAAUUGGAGUAUGCAUCUGUUAUUUUGACCCCUUGCCAACAAUACUUGAUUAAUGAAGUCGAAAGAGUACAGAAUUUAUCUUGGCGUUUUAUUUAUUCUGUUUACUCGCGACACUCCAGUGUCAGCAACUUGCGUAAUAAGGCCAACCUACAAAAACUUGAGCGGCGCAGGAUCAUAUCUAGAUUAACAUUAAUUUACCAACUUUAUCAUGGGAAUGUUAUCUUCAGGAUCCUUUCAAACGAUCAGAGAGAACGCAUCACAGUAGAAUGAUUAGACAACCAGUCACCCACAUUAAUGUUCACAAGUUCUCUUUAUUUCCUUGCGUGAUUUAUUAUUGAAAUACGUUAUCUGAGGAGGCAGUGAAUUCCGUCUCGUUGGAAUCAUUUGUUCAAUGUAUUAUGUUGAAUUCCAAUGGCGGAGUCAGAGCAAGUUUUUCUGCUCGUUUCGGAGCAAGUUUGUUCCAAUGACAGAGUGAGGGCGGGAGUAAAGUGUUCCAAUGAGAGAGUCGGAGUGGAUUCAGAGCGGGAGUCAUUCCGUGGAGCAGGAAAAGAUGCUCCGCCAAAAUAGGCGGAGUGGACCGGAACUCUGCGUGACGCAUUUCCUUUACAACGUUUGUCUGCUGGGGGGCGCCACCUGUCGCGACUCGCGACUCGGAUAGUUUGGCAAAGCGUGCGGCAUUGCUUCUGCUACUCUACAGCGACAGCUCCGAGUCGGAAAGCUCAAGUUCCGACACGAGCGAUUUCUCGGAGAGUAACAGCGACGCUGAAAGUGCCACUUACGAGCGGGAAUUUGAUAGGAUGCUCCGCAUUCCCGCAAUGAGGCCCAAAGUAGUCGGCUAGACGCCUACCAUGUUUGUCCGCAUACUGUGUGCACACCAUAGCAGACAAAAUCUGCUGCGCACUUGGCGAGAUAUCCAUUCCGCACUUUUAAGCAGCAGGUGAACGGCGCGGUAUAGACAAGUGACCGGUGCGGUGGUGCUGUGAGCAAACAGCGGAAGGGAAUGGCAACACGCAAGGUAUCCUGGGUAACUUAGCGCCCGAAGGAUAGAACUUCCGCUUCCGCCUUGCUCCGGCGGCGCAGGUUGUGUUCCACUCGCGGAUUUGGAGGCGUUGCUCUGCGCCAGAGUCGAGUGCUCGCUCGCGGAGUCCGUUGGCUGCUCCGGCUCCACCAUUGGAAUUCAACAUUAGUAAUAUCAACUUUUGUUGAAAUUCGAGUCCAUUAGUGGAGUACACCUUGAGUUGAUGAUAUUUCCUUGUUCGAGCAUUCAUUUAUGUCAUCUAUGUCCAUUGGAUUGCCAUGUUUUUCCAUUUUUGUAUGUAUUAUAUUUUUGCAACUAUGUCAAGUAAUUCAUUUAAAUUUACUUCGCUUGUUUGUAUCCUAAGUAUCCACUCCUGCAUAGGCCCGAGAAGGGCCUGCAGUAUCCGUAAACAAAGAAAUAUAAAGCUAGAGUUACACAUGAACCUUAUUGCAGUGAUGACCUGUGUAUGGCAGCCAGCUCCACAGUGUGAAAUAGUGUUUGCAACAAUUCAUACAUAGUUUUUUCUGUUUAUUUGUUAUAACAUUUUUGUCAUCUUUUGCAGCUAAAGGAAAGAAAAUCUCUUGUGAUAGACGCGAAAUCGCCCGCACAGUGGUAAAGGUGGACAUAACUUGCAUGACAAACCACAGUAAUCAGUUAGCCAAUUAACAAUCACAAAUUAACAUUGUUGCCAUGUUUAAAUCCUACAUUUACAUUGCAUAAUAAAAGUUGCUGA